GAACCUCCAAACUCCACUCCGCCAUUUUCCAUUGGACCCAUAUCUGUCGACGUCUCCUAACACUAACGCACAAAAGCGAUUAGCAAAAUUUGAAAGAUGUUCCUGCGGGCGAUCGGACGGCCAUUGUUGGCGAAGGUGAAACAAACGACGGGGAUCGUGGGGCUGGACGUUGUACCGAACGCGCGGCAGGUACUAAUUGAGCUGUACUCCAAGACGCUGAAGGAGAUCCAGGCGGUGCCAGAGGACGAGGGUUACCGGAAGGCCGUGGAGAGCUUCACGAGGCACAGACUCAAUGUGUGCAAGGAAGAGGACGACUGGGAGGCCAUCGAGAAGAGGCUCGGAUGCGGCCAGGUCGAGGAGCUCAUUGAGGAGGCCCGCGACGAGCUCACUCUCAUCGGAAAAAUGAUCGAGUGGGAUCCAUGGGGUGUUCCUGAUGACUAUGAAUGCGAGGUUAUUGAGAAUGAUGCUCCAGUUCCUAAGCAUAUCCCUCUGCACCGACCUGGUCCGCUUCCAGAGGAGUUUUACAAAACGCUGGAGGCUAUUACUUCAAGCCCCAGAAUGGAUGAGGCUGCAGCAACCUCCAGUGAGUCGCAGAUAAAGGAGUAAAAUGCUGCAUGUCUUUGGGGAACGUAGGAUUCCAGAGCUGAAUGUCUUCUUUUCCCCAUAUUCUCCUGACUUUGUUCUCGUUUAGUGGGACUGUUUGCUAGAAGGAAGGGAGUUUAAUUUCUGGGACAAAGGCUUGUAUCUUAAUAAUCUCCACUUGAAGUGUGAAGUGCAAAAUCAUGUUAUUUCUAUCACCGUUCUUUUGUCUGUGGAAAUGAAACUAGUUACGUUUUAAGAAGUAUUGUUAGCUGCCUCUGGAGUUUGAGACUUUGGAGCAUGCGGUCGGUUCAAAAGGCUGGUCUUUUAAGGGCUCAUAUGAAUUAAGUGCAUAUGUGAUAUAAGCUGUGGAAGAUUCUGUUGUUUUGUUGAAUAUGGAAAGUGUAGUUUGUUUAA